CACGCGCGCGCGCGCACACACACACGCAGAAACACACGCGCACCGACUUCUGUCAAUUGGACGUGCUGAAGCAGGAGAAUCAGUCCGGCUUAAAUUCAGUCCUCCAUGGCCUGGAGUUAAAGAGUCGCAGGGAGCUGAAGGGAUUUACUUCACUGAGCUGUGGCCGGAUUUUGGGUGCAUGACAAAUUAACCAGCUGUUGAAAACAAUCCAGGUAAAAAGUAAAAUGAUGAAGCUGCUGUUGGCUGUGGCUUCCUUGCAGAUGCUUUUGGCUCCAGUGUUCAUGGUGCCGAGAGGCGAUUACUGGGCCGACUGGGGACCGUAUGGAGAAUGCAGCCGCUCGUGUGGCAUCGGUGUUACCGUGAAGACGAGACAGUGUGUGAGUCAGCGGACUGACGGAGGUCGCAGUUGUGUGGGACCAAGUAGAUCCUAUCGCACGUGUAAUAUUCAGGACUGCCCUGAGGCUUCCAGAGAUUUCAGAGAGGAGCAGUGCUCUCAGUUUGACGGCACGGAUUUUCAUGGAAAAUAUUACAAAUGGUUACCUUACUAUGGAGCAGAGAACCAGUGUGAGCUGAACUGCAUCCCCAAAGGAGAGAACUUCUAUUUCCGUCACAAGAGCUCGGUGGUGGACGGCACACCCUGUCACCCUGGCAGGAGUGACAUCUGUGUGGAAGGAGUGUGUAGGCGUUUAGGCUGUGAUAGCAUGCUGGACUCUGGGCAGCAGGAGGACGCAUGUCUGCAGUGUGGAGGGAACGGUCAGUCCUGCUUCCUCAUCAGGAACUCAUUCUCCAUGAGGGAUCUACCCAAAGGUUACAAUCAAAUGUUCAUCAUCCCUGUUGGUGCUACCAGCAUCCGGAUCACUGAGAGUGUGCCAACUCGUAACUACUUGGCCAUUAAGAACCUGCGUGGUGAGUACUAUCUUAAUGGGCACUGGGUGAUCGAAUUCUCCCGGAGUACCCCCAUCGCUGGCACUAUGCUGUAUUACCAGAGAGGAACAGAGGGGGAAAUGUCCCCUGAGACCAUCACCGGACGUGGGCCGACCACUGAGCCUUUGGUGAUUGAGCUGAUCACUCAGGAACCCAACCAGGGAAUCGAGUACGAGUAUUACCUUCCCAACAGCCACCCUAAGGAGGGACACUACUGGAGCUAUGGCUCUUGGUCUGCCUGCAGCAAGGAAUGUGGCUCUGGUUACCAGUCCCGUCUGGUCUUCUGCACUUUUGAUAACGAAGCCUACCCAGACUAUUUAUGUGCGUCUCUCCCUCGCCUUCUAAAUAACCGCACAUGCAACGAGCAACAGUGUCCCCUAACCCGCAGGAUGGCGUAUGUGUACCGACCACAAAUAUGGACACCCAAGGAAGCAAGACAUGUCUAUGUUCAGGUCUACAGCUGGAAGGCCAGUGAGUGGACUCAGUGCUCGGUGACGUGUGGUGGGGGCACUCAGGUACGCCAAGUGGAGUGUGUGUCUCACGAUGGGUCUGGAAGACGGCCGGUAGAAGACUCUUUGUGUGAGACUUACACUCCUAAACCCGUCAGCCAGCAAAAUUGCAACAUGCAGCAUUGUGCACACUACAGCGUGUCCUCAUGGAGCCAGUGCUCUGUGACGUGUGGCUCUGGAGAGCAGACAAGAGAUGUGAUGUGUGUGGGUUCAGCACGAGGAAACCGCGUUUCAGAUUAUAUGUGUGCCGGUCUUCCCAAGCCACCAGGCAUGCAGACCUGUGAAAUGCCAGUCUGCUUAACCCGGAUUGGCUGGCACAUUGGUGACUGGGGGCUGUGUUCUAAGAGCUGUAGCUCGGGGCUUCGGGAGCGGCAGGUAAUCUGUUCAGACUCACAGAGAAACAUUUAUGGGGUGGAGCAUUGUAACGCCUUCCCCAAACCAUCUACUGUGGAGAACUGCAACACCCAGCCCUGCUACAGCCCUCAGGUGGUGCCCAGCAUGCAAGACACAAGAGGCUAUGACAACACCAUUUUUGGCUUCUACCCCUACAAUCCUGAGGAAACCACCACAGUUCUCCAGCGAGAUGUUCCUUAUUGCCAUCAGACUGCGUUUGGAUGUUGUCAUGAUGGUGUGACUCCAGCCAUUGGACCUAAUGGUCAGGGAUGUUCCCAAACAUCAUUCUGUAUCCACACCAGGCAUGGCUGUUGUUCAGACGGUGUGACUCAGGCACAUGGUCCCAAUAAGGAGGGCUGCCCAGAAUAUGUCGGCUCUGUCCCAGCUUCGGUGCAUGAGAUGUGCAGCAGGUCCACAUAUGGCUGCUGUCUUGAUGGAGUGACUGCAGCUCGUGGAUCUAAUGGAGAGGGCUGCCCUGUUUCACCUGGCAGGGCUCAGCGUGCUUCAUGUGAUCUGCCCCACACGGCUGGGUUGUGUGAUGAGUGGACUGCUCGAUAUUACUAUGACCCUGCCUCGUCCCGCUGUGUUCACUUCUGGUACGGCGGCUGCCAUGGCAACAGCAACAACUUCGCCACUAUGGAGGAGUGCGAGCAGACAUGCCAGAUGCAGAGGCCCGUCUCCACAUCAUACAGCACCUCCUGGAGUCAAAUCUGGCGGGGUUCUAACACAUCUCACCAACCCCACCGUAGCUCGAUCUAUUCAGGGGGGCGCAGGCCAGCACCAAGAGAUGUGCAGGCUAGCAGCCCUAAUAACAGUUGGCCUGCUGUGGGUGUGAGUAUAGACAAGUCGGAUCCAUCUACGGUGGAGGGUAUAGUGGGCCAGUGGGUGGUGUUGCCGUGCAAAGUGAACCCGCCUCCAUCUUCUACUGUGACAGUCGAGUGGAGAAGAGAUGGUGUCCUUCUCGAUCCAUCCAGACAUAAACAGCAGCCGAAUGGCUCACUUUUCAUGGGCCCAAUAACGAUUAUGGACUCUGCUUGGCUGUUAUGUGUGGCUACACGAGACCGUGAGAGAGAUCACCGCUACAUUUACCUGUCUGUCUCAGAACCAAAAGAUGGGGCGAGUAGACCAGAUUCUGCAGACUCAAAAAUUGUUCCUGCAAGGUUCAGUAUUGACCGAUCAGAAUCGACGCUGGUAAGCGCACGUGCAGGUCAGAGUGCCAGGCUACACUGCACCAUCCUGCCUUCUUCAGCUGCUAAUUCGGUCAUCAUACAGUGGACAAAAAAUGGAGCUGCUCUCAACACACUCAGACACUCUCAGCACUCAGAUGGCACCCUGGUGAUUACCAGCCUCACAUCUGAAGAUUCAGGCAUCUAUACCUGCACAGCCUCCAACAGUCAACAGAUGGAGCAACUGCAAAUCCAGCUCAGAGUCACAGGGGACCUGAAGAUCACCACUGCUCCCAGUAACGUGCAGGUGCCUCAGGGCAGCGUGGUUCGGCUCCCGUGUGUAGCAUCUGGAGAAAAUGUCAACAUAGCUUGGUCCAGGAACGGUGUGCCAGUGAGACCUGAUGGGCAUCGGGUGCAGGUGUCAGCAGAUGGCACUCUGACCCUCUAUAAUGUGCAGUCUGCAGAUGAGGGCUCGUACACCUGCAGCGCCUACGCUGGCACACAUGCUGUCAGUGCCACUGCUGAAAUUCGAGUAACCAAAGAUAACGACGGCGGUCAAAGCCUGUCUCCCAACUGCGUGGACGAGCCGGAGUUAGCCAACUGCCUUCUGAUCGUCAGUGCACGCCUGUGUGGACACAAAUACUAUUCCAGCUUCUGCUGUGCCAGCUGUUAUAACUACUCUAUAGGAAAGGGCAGGCCUGGGAGACAUGGCUAGGGAUGAGUUUCCACAGCUGACAAUCUCUCCUUCUCAUCUGGAAUGAUAUGCCACUAUAUGCUGGGAAACUCUACUCAUUGUGUGGCCCAGACAGACUCUCCAUCACUGCCACGUUGUUUAGAGGAGCAGACUUUCAGAAAGCUGAGCCCAGUUCAGCAGUGAGAGACAGGACAAUUCUGCUCCAAGAGUACAGAGGACCACUUUGGCAUGUGCAAAAUUUUACUGUAUUGUAAAAGCAGUUAAGUAUUUUACUUCAUCUUAUGGCUGACAAACAUUUUUUUUUAUUUUUAUUAUAUAUAUAUAUAUAUACAUUUUUAUUUAUAAUGAUGUACUGAGCUUUUUAUAUGUUUUAUAUGUUAUAUGUUUUAUAUGGUUUUCAUAUGUUUUUAUAUGUACUGUGUCUUUCAUGAGAAUACCACAUGGUCUGAGAAACUGCAUAAUGGAUAAUAAACACAGACACACUGAGAGUUAGAUUCUUAUUUUUAAUGGUUUCUAUUCAAGUUCAUUUGAACAGUUUUAGCAUUUGCAUCGUCACUCAGAGCUGUAAUUAUGUCUUGUUCUCAGUGACAGUAACAAUAAACGCACAUAAGCUCAUGCUUUGCCACAUACGUUUCAUAUAGUUUAUAUGAAGCCACUGAUUUCAUUUUAUUUCUCACAUUGUCACAAAGCAGCUUUACAGCAAUGUAUAAAUUCAGAAUAGACAUUUUUAAAACAUCCUAUAAGGUCUCAGUUUAAUACUGUUACAACACUAUCAAUUCAGGUCAGGGUUGUGGUGGAUAUAGAGCCUAUCCCCAGAAGACUAAGAGUAAAGUGGGAGAAUUUACUGCCAAUGUCACCAGUCCAGCACAGGGCACCAUAAAAACACCAGCAGGCAAUUUAUGCUGUGUUUAACUUAGCAGUGGAUUUAUUUUUAUUUUUUUUACCUUUUUGUGCUUGAGCUACAAAGAGGAGAAAACAUGUAUGCACAUGAAUUUGAAAGCAAAAAUCCAACACCCCCCCUUCAAACUGUAUAGUCAUUGUUACAGAUUUAACAAUGUUCAUUUCUCUUAAAGCAAGUAAUGAAGUGUCACUUUGUUUGCUUUUAAUUCUAUGAGCAGCCAUUUUGAUUUGACAUCACAUGCUGCUGAACUCAGGGUUGAGGAUCCUCCCUGACUGUUUUUUUUCCCCCAAAUUGCAAUUUCAAGUUAAGGGCAUUUUGUUUCGUUUGUCCUAUUUGGAGUAUGGGAAAUUCAAGUCGAAUGCACCAGUAGCCAACAAGCCUACCUAUAACAAGCCUACCUAUACCCACUGCUGCCAGGUGAACUUCAGAGGGGCAAUGGUGGCUCAAGUGGUUAAGGCUCUGGGUUGUUGAUUGGGGGUUCAAGCCCCAGCACAGCCAAGCUGCCACUGUUAGGCCCUUGAGCACGGCCCUUAACCCUCUCUGCUCCAGGGGUGCUGUAUCAUGGCUGACCCUGCUCUCUGACCCCUACCUCCAAGGAUGGGAUAUGUGAAGAAAGAAUUUCACUGUGCUGUAAUGUAUCUGUGAAAAAUAAAGGCUAUUUCUUUCUA